AUCUGCGGCGAACGUUUUCUUUCACAGAUAUUUAUUUCUAUGCUGGCAAGCAUCGCCACAGUGCAAUGUGGAAUAAUUCUCACGCCUGUCGGCAAGCUCGUCUCCGAAGAGGUUGUCGAGUCCCACGGCAACAACAUGGUGCACGCAUCGGCGCCCUUGCCCUUGGUACCCGCAGCUUCACCCGCGCUGCUGAGAUACCCAACGGACGUGGCACCGGUGCAAGAACCAGUUGCCGAGAUCGUGCAACCCUUGGCAAAGGUAUCUUUAGUCGCUGAGAAGACGAUCGAGACCCACGGACAUCGUAUAGUUCACAACACGCAUCCCUUGGUCCCAGUGACAGCGAAAUUUUUGCCAGCCAUCAAACCGUACGUAGCAUACUUCGCGGACCCGUCAAUCUUUCCGACAUAUCCUCAUUAUCAGCUGUUCGGCGAGAAGGUACCAUACCAGGGAAUCAAUUAAGGACGU